CGCCAUCUCAGCAGUUGAGUUCAGUCCGAAAACCACUGGAGCGCAGUUCAUUCAAUCAAGCGCUCAAAAAAUGAAGGUGUUCGUUGUGUUGUCCAUGGCUUUGGCCAUUGCAUCAUGUGCGGCAGUCGACGAUUCCUCCAAGAAAGAUAAACGCGGUCUUUGGGAUGAAGGAUAUGGUGGACACGAAUCCUUCGACUUCGGAGGCGGCCACCAAGAAGAGGCGCACCAGCAUAUCACCACAGUCACCAAGAAUGUUCCUGUUCCAUACCCAGUCGAGGUCGAGAAACACGUGCCAUAUGAAGUGAAGGUCCCAUACCAAGUACAUGUCGAAAAGCAGGUUCCAGUCUAUGUGGAGAAGAAAGUGCCAAUCUAUGUCGAGAAGAAGGUCCCAGUCCACGUUGACCGACCAGUCCCAUACAAAGUGGAAGUGAAGGUCCCAGUUAUCCAGAAGGAAUACGUUGAAGUGCCACAACCAUACACAGUUCAUGUUGAGAAGCACGUUCCAGUGUACAUCGAUAAGCCAGUGUACAUCGAAAAGCCUGUGCCAGUGACUUUACUCAUCAAGAAAACCCAGAAGAAGGGAUGGUUCUAAGAAUGAUCGUUUCUUUGAUGUUACGUUUAUGAGAGAUUAAAUAAUGCUGUAAAUAU